AUGCUGCCCCUGUUGGUUUUGUUGCUGCUGCUGCUGCUGCUGCUGCUGCUGCUGCUGCUGCUGUUCAGGUUGUGCUAUGCUGCAAAUGCCAAUGUCGAUGCCGGAGAUGAUGCUGGAGACGGUGCCUGCAACGAAGAACUGGAAGCCGAGACUGACGUUGUAGGAAGUGCACAGGCCAGCAUGGAGAGGCAGCAGAAGACGACGAGGGCACACGACCAAGGCCGCCGCUUUCCCGCAGAGUGUCGCAUGACGCCCUGA